CGACGGCUGAGGCGAAUCGCGGGUUUCUAAGCGUAAUGAGGCUGACGAGCGGGACGGAGCCAAUUAGUCCCAAAGCUGAACCCCCACGAAUAGCCGAAAAGGGCAAAUGUUCUCAACCAGGAAAUGUGCGCGUUUGUGUCUGCGUACGCGAAAGAGCGAGCGAGUCAGGCAAAGAGUCCGAGAGGCAGGCAGGCGGCCGCCGGGGUUAUUGGAAGUGCGCAGCAGGUUGCCGCUCUUGAACGCUCCAGCUUGGAGAAAGUGUGGCGAAGCAGGCAGACGAGCGUAAACAAGGGAACGUGAGGCUGCGUCCAGCAGUUACCAAACAGCGUGAUGGAAAUGUCAGCAGUGUGCGGAUUAGAAGUAGCAGCGCGGGGUCUGCUAGUGAGCAGCACAACCUCCGAGGCUGUCGGUCCAUCUUGCAUGACAGAAGGAGGAGAUGCUCUUGAGGAGAAAUCGGCUGGAAGUUCAGAAGAGUCCAGAGGGGAGACGCCAGGCAGGGAAGACUCGAGAAUUGAUCCUCCUGAUGGACAGCAAGAUCCCGAUUCGGACAAAGGCAAAGAGAAGAAAGGAUUAGGAAAAGAGGUCCUGUUACUAAUGCAGGCCCUAAAUACACUGGCAACCCCAGAAGAGAAGCUGGCAGCUCUGUGUAAGAAAUACGCUGAUCUUCUGGAGGAAAGUCGCAGUGUUCAAAAGCAAAUGAAGGUUCUUCAGAAAAAGCAGGCACAGAUCGUGAAAGAAAAAGUACACCUUCAGAGUGAACACAGUAAGGCCAUCCUGGCCCGUAGUAAAUUGGAGAGUCUCUGCCGUGAGCUACAGCGUCACAACAAAACCCUAAAGGAAGAGAAUAUGCAGCGGGCACGUGAGGAUGAAGAAAGACGCAAGGAGGCAACUGCUCAUUUCCAAAUGACACUGAAUGAAAUUCAGGCGCAGAUGGAACAGCAUAACAUUCACAACACCAAGCUGCGCCAAGAGAACAUUGAACUGGCAGAGAAGUUGAAGAAACUGAUUGAGCAAUAUGAGCUUCGAGAAGAACACAUUGACAAGGUGUUUAAACACAAGGAGCUGCAGCAGCAGUUGGUUGACGCCAAACUACAGAGAACUGCAGAGCUAAUGAAGGAGGCAGAAGAGAAACAUCAGAGGGAGCGAGAUUUUCUUUUGAAAGAAGCUACUGAAUCAAGACACAAAUGUGAACUGAUGAAGGAGCAGGAGUCUCAGCUGAAGCAGCAGUUAUCCCUAUAUAUGGAUAAGUUUGAAGAGUUCCAGACAACGUUGGCAAAAAGCAAUGAAGUUUUCACCACCUUCAGGCAAGAAAUGGAAAAGAUGACUAAAAAAAUCAAGAAACUUGAAAAAGAGACAACUGUCUGGCGCACAAAAUGGGAAAAUAACAACAAAGCUCUCUUGCAAAUGGCAGAAGAGAAAACUGUCCGGGACAAGAAUCACAAAGCCCUUCAAGUCAAGCUGGAGCGCCUGGAGAAGCUGUGCCGAGCGUUACAGAGAGAGCGCAACGACCUGAACAAGAAGGUGGAGGUCUUACAGGGCCAGCUGUCCACCGAGGAGACGGGAGCCACCGACCACGCGGCGGGUGAAACCUCGAGCUCGGAGCACACCGCCGAUGAGGCCGUCGACUCGGCCAGCGAGGACGUAGGGAUACAACCCGAAACGGGCACGGUGGGCAUCCCCGGGAGCGUGGCCCCCGAUGGUCUGGUCCCGCUGGUUCAUCCUGUGAACUGAGCGGGCGGCGCUGCGGGUUGCGUCUACUUUCGUGUUUGCUCCGUUGUUGGUAAUUCUUGGCUUUGUGGUGAGGGUUUUGUACUUUUGUUGUUUUUCUUUACCACAUUUGUUUUUUUUUUUUUUCGUUAGAAGUUUUGAAUUUCUUGUCGUUCACGAUGGCUGCGCCAGGCAGCUUUAGUCCAAAAGGCCCCCCACACCUCACAACUCUUGUGCCCACCUCCCUCACUCAAGACAAAGCAAAUGGAAAUUCUAAUUUUAGGAGCCUCUGAACAACGUGUGCUGAUCUUCGGGUGGCGAGCCGCUGGGUGGGCCUCUCGUUCAGAUUGACGCGUGUCAGUCACACGCCCAGGACUCCCCCCUCUGGACUGGUGGUCUCCAGCAGUCAGGUGACAUUCCUAAAGUGCCCUCACCCCACCGUGUCGUAAGCAGACUCUGUGACUCCGUUUAAAGGCCAACACGAGCUCCCUGCGUCCCCUUCAGCCUGAAAUGGACCACCUUGGACGUCUCCGCUCUGAUUAUGAGUGUCUUACCCACCUGCUCGUGCCCGCGUGCCCACACACACACUGCCUCCAUUCCCUCACUCGCUCACCUGCCCGCCAUUCUUCAGCCUUGUCGCCCAACGUCUUUGUAUGGCAGAUCAUGUGUGUGGUGCCACCGAGCCAGGCAGAGACAGAACACCACACAGACUGGCACGGCCUCAUUGGCUCCUUCAGCGCCAGGUCAUGGGGGUCCCGACAGCCUUUCACUGUUGAUUUUUGACGUUUGUCCUUUUUCUGUUCAAUGCCAUUAAAAUGUUACCCUGGCAGGGCGGGCGUCUUUGAAUCCUUAAGGUACCCCAAUAGACGCCAGUGUCGAGGCCAUGAGAUCUCAGACUGAAACCCAGUAGGUGCCAGUGGGUGAACAUUGACACCCCUGGGCCAGCUGUGGUCUUGUGACCCCCGUGAUUUCCUGAAUGUAUGGCGUCGUUCUUCGCCUCCUUGGACUGUGAGCCCUGCUGCAUGUGAAUAUACACGCGGGCUCGGACCCCCAUACCCCCCAAAGCGAUUGCCCCGCUAGGCAUCACGGUGCCAAGUGUAACACACCACGUGCAUCAGGAGGCACCACCGAUGAGCCCGCUGGGUUUGGACGGGCAUCACUUGUCACCCCUUGCGCUUUGAUUCUCAGGAUAUGCAAGUUAUCUACCUCUACGGGGGGCCGCACACGAGCGCCGAGGCCGAGCUCCACUCCCACCCAACCACCGCAUCAGGGUGCUUCAUGUUGUUCGGUUUAUUUUUACAGAAGCCCACCUUGUCUUUCUAUUACAAA